UCGCCGGGGUCCCGCAUCCCCGCCGGGCAGUGCGGGCUGUGCGGAGCGACUGGACUCGGCUCGGCUCGGCUCGGCUCGGCUGGGCUCGGCUCGGCUCGGCUCGGCUCGGCUCGGCUCGGCUCGGCCCGGCUCGGCUCGGCUGGACCCGGCGCGGUGCCUUCGGGCAGAGGGCUCGCCCCGCAGCCCCGCAGCCCCGGCGGCCGCGGGAUGGAGCUCGGCGCGGCGCGGCUGCUGGCGGUGCUGCUGUGCCUGGCUCCCGGUUUAUUUAUUUCUCUGGAUCAGCCAACCCUUAGCAUCCAAAAAGAUGUCCUCACAAUAAUGGCAAACAACACACUAAACAUUACUUGCAGCGGUCAGAGACCACUGGAGUGGUCGUGGCCCAGCAAGCAGAGCAAUGCUGGGAGGCGUUUCUCCGUGACAGACUGCAGUGAUGGCCCCUACUGCAAGACACUCACUCUCACCAAAGUCAUUGGCAAUGACACAGGGGACUACAAGUGCCUUUACAGGGACAGCCAGGCAGCUACAACCAUUUAUGUUUACGUUCAAGAUUACAGAUCACCAUUUGUGACUUCAGUUGGUGAUCAGCUUGGCAUUGUAUACAUCACCAAGAACAAAACUGUGGUAGUGCCGUGCCUUGGAACUGUAUCAAAUCUCAAUGUAUCUCUACAUGCGAAAUAUCCAGAGAAGAUAUUUGUUCCUGAUGGUAAAUCCAUUUCGUGGAAUAAUAAAAAAGGCUUCACUAUACCCAGUCAUUUAAUCAACUAUGCAGGCAUGGUCUUCUGUGAAACUAAAAUAGAUGAUGAAAGCUACCAGUCUGUGAUAUACAUAGUUGCAGUUGUAGGGUACCGAAUUUAUGACCUAACAAUGAACCCACAUGAUGAAGUAGAGCUGGCAGUGGGAGAAAAACUUGUUCUCAAUUGCACUGUGAGGACAGAGCUGAAUGUGGGAAUCGAUUUCAAAUGGGACUAUCCUUCCAUCAAGGAAAAACGUGCCACUAUUAGGGAUGUAAAAACCACUGCAGGAGAAAUAAAGAAGUUUGUGAGCACCCUGACCAUUGACAGUGUGUCCUUAAGUGACAAAGGUCGAUAUACUUGUGCAGCAUCCAGUGGUCGUAUGAACAUGAAAAACAGCAGUUACUUUGUUAUCCAUGAAAGUCCUUUUAUUCACCUGGAGAAAAUGGAGAAUGUCGUUGAGACAAAGCUGGGUGACACAGUCAAAAUUCCUGUUAAGUUUAAAGGCUAUCCUCCACCAGAGGCUAAAUGGUAUAAAAAUGGAAAAGCCAUCAACGCAAAUCAUACAGUUAAACUUGGCUACACAUUAGUGAUCACUGAAGCAACUGAGAAGGAUGCAGGGAAUUACACAGUUGUCCUUACAAACCCCAUUAACAAGAUGCAGAAAAGACACACAUUUACCCUGCUGGUAAAUGUGCCCCCGCAGAUCGGCGAGAACGCGCUGCUGGCCGCCGUGGACUCGUACGCGUUCGGCUCGGCGCAGGCCCUGACCUGCACCGUGUACGCCGUGCCGCCGCCCAGCACCGUGCAGUGGCAGUGGCAGCUCGAGGAGGAGUGCACCUUCAGCCCCCAGAAGGUUCGCUCAGGAGCCAAUCCGUAUGCAUGCAAGAAAUGGAAAGCGAUCUCGGAGAGAAAGGGUGGGAAUCAGGUUGAAAUUAAGCACCGGGUCGUUACUAUUGCUGGGAAAACAAAGACUGUGAGCACCCUCGUGAUUCAAGCAGCAAAUGUGUCUGCUUUGUACAAAUGUAUGGCUGCCAACAAGGCUGGGUCAAGUGAGAGAGUGAUCUCCUUCCAUGUGACCAAGGGUCUUGAAAUUAGUCUCCAGCCUCAGAGCCAGCUGACAGAGAAGGAUAACAUGUCCUUGCUCUGCACAGCAGACAAAUUCACCUUUGAGAAGCUGUCCUGGUACAAGCUCAGCGCUCAGGUUUCGCAGACUCCCUUCGGAGGGCUGCCCAUGCCUGUGUGCAAGAACCUCAAUGCUCUGCAGAAGCUCAACGAGACAGUUCCAAACACCAACGCUGAAAACGUCACCCUGGAGCUCAUCCUUCGCAACAUCUCCCUCCAGGAUGGAGGGGACUAUGUUUGCAUUGCUCAGGACAAAAAGGCUAAAACACAGCACUGCCUGGUGAAGCACCUCACUGUGCAAGAGCCCAUGGCACCCACACUUGUUGGAAAUCUGGAAAAUCAAACAACAAAUAUCGGUGAAACUAUAGAAGUGUCAUGUGCAGUGAAUGGCAUUCCUCCUCCAAGCAUCAUGUGGUUUAAAAACAAUGAGACACUUGUGGAAGAUUCAGGUAUUGUUUUGAAAGACAGGAACAAAACUCUGACCAUCCGUCGAGUGAGGAAAGAAGAUGGAGGGCUGUACACCUGCCUCGCAUGCAAUGUCCUUGGGUGCAGCAAAGCAAUGGCUUUUUUUUCAGUGGAAGGCGCUGAAGAGAAAACAAAUCUGGAGCUCAUUAUCCUCGUUGGCACUGCAGUGAUUGCCAUGUUCUUCUGGUUGCUUCUUGUAAUCAUCCUCCGGACCGUUAAGCGGGCCAAUGGAGGGGACAUGAAGACUGGCUACUUGUCAAUCAUCAUGGAUCCUGAUGAAGUCCCUAUAGAUGAGCACUGUGAGCGGCUCCCAUAUGAUGCCAGCAAGUGGGAGUUUCCCAGGGACCGGCUAAAGCUAGGUAAACCUCUUGGACGUGGAGCUUUUGGCCAGGUCAUAGAAGCAGAUGCGUUUGGGAUUGACAAAACUGCUACCUGCAAAACAGUGGCAGUGAAAAUGCUUAAAGAAGGGGCAACCCACAGUGAGCACAGAGCACUUAUGUCAGAGCUGAAGAUACUCAUUCAUAUUGGCCAUCAUCUCAACGUUGUCAACUUACUUGGAGCCUGCACAAAGCCAGGAGGCCCACUCAUGGUGAUUGUGGAAUAUUGCAAAUUUGGAAAUCUGUCAGCUUACCUACGGAGCAAGAGGAGUGAAUUUGUCCCGUACAAGAGCAAAUGUGCCAGAUUUCGGCAGGGGAAGGAGAACUACGUUGGAGAUGUCUCUUCUGACCUGAAGCGGCGGCUGGACAGCAUCACCAGCAGCCAGAGCUCAGCAAGCUCUGGCUUUGUGGAGGAGCGGUCCCUGAGUGAUGUGGAAGAGGAGGAUGCUGGUCCUGAAGACCUUUGCAAGAACCCUUUGACCAUGGAGGACCUCAUCUGUUACAGCUUCCAGGUGGCCAGGGGAAUGGAGUUCUUGGCUUCACGCAAAUGCAUCCACAGGGACCUGGCUGCUCGUAAUAUCCUCUUGUCAGACAAUAACGUGGUCAAAAUCUGUGAUUUUGGCUUGGCUCGAGACAUCUACAAAGACCCAGAUUACGUCAGGAAAGGAGAUGCCAGACUACCCCUGAAGUGGAUGGCACCAGAAACCAUUUUUGAUAGAGUAUAUACCAUUCAGAGUGAUGUAUGGUCCUUUGGAGUGCUGCUGUGGGAAAUAUUUUCAUUAGGUGCAUCACCGUACCCUGGAGUGAAAAUUGAUGAGGAAUUUUGCAGAAGACUGAAGGAAGGAACAAGAAUGAGAGCACCAGACUAUACAACACCAGAAAUGUACCAAACAAUGUUGGAUUGCUGGCAUGGAGAUCCUAAGCAGAGACCAACCUUUUCAGAGCUGGUGGAGCACCUGGGGAACUUACUGCAAGCCAAUGUCCGUCAGGAUGGUAAAGACUACGUUGUCCUUCCUUUGUCAGUAUCAUUGAACAUGGAAGAGGAUUCAGGUCUCUCUCUCCCAACUUCACCUGCUUCCUGUAGGGAGGAAGAGGAAGUCUGUGAUCCUAAAUUCCAUUAUGACAACACAGCAGGAAUUAGUCAGUACCGACAAGGUAGCAAGAGAAAAAGCCGCCCUGCAAGUGUGAAAACAUUUGAAGAUGUCCCAUUGGUAACCACUGUAAAAGUUGUUCAGGAGGAAAACCAGACAGAUAGUGGGAUGGUUCUUGCAUCUGAAGAGCUGAAGGCUUUGGAAGAGAGUGAAAAACAAGUGAAAAUACCCUUCAGCACGCUGGUGCCCAGCAAGAGCAACGAAUCCGUCAUGUCGGAGGCCUCCAACCAGACGAGCGGGUACCAGUCGGGAUACCACUCAGACGACACGGACGCGGCGGUGUGCUGCAGCGAGGAGACGGAGCUGCUGCGCCGCGCCCGCGGGCUGCCCCGCGAGAGCCCCGCGCCGCGCUAGGGCUCCCGGAGCUGCACCGCCCGCCUCUGCCGGCCGGGGCCUCGGAGCGCUGAGGGGCACUGAGAAAACACAUCGGCUUUUCCUGAGGCAGCACUGCGCCGUGCCAGGCUGGGCUUCUUUGCUGCAGAGGGGGCAGAGUGCUGGCCCUGUGUGGGUUGUGCCAGCCCGUGGCAGAGGCUGAGCCUGGGGAUGCCGAGCAUCUGUCUGAUGUAGGCAGCAUCACGGCGUUCCACUGAACUGUUUCUACUUGUACGAAAUAAUGGCAGAUCCCUGCUUUUGUGGGGUUUGGUUUUUGUGUUUUUUUUGUUUGUUUUUCCCCUUAUGGCUGGGCUCCAGGAAGGAAACAGCAUGACACUGGCUUCUUGUUUCUCAGAGUUUUUCCUUGCUUGUACCUUCACAAACAAAAAGAGGAACCUCCAGCUCAAGGCUCUGGCACUCUGAUGGCCUGAGACUAAACAUAGGCUGGGCUAAAUAUAGGUGUGGGUGAUGGUCUCUGUCCUUGGCAGAGGAAAAAGGCUGCUGUAAAAGUUCUCAUGAGUUGCAUUUUCUCAGUGAAGUUGGUUAGCAGGGAGAAGGCAGAGCAUUGAGCCGAGUGGUGGGACUCUAAUAGCAGGGCCAUGCCUGGCCUCUGAGGAUGGCUCUGCUCCCCUUCCAUCCCCAGCACCCUCACUCAUGCCAGAUGCCUACCUGCCUCUGAGCUGCCUGAAACUGCUGCAGAAAAUACUCCCCUCUCCCCAGAUCCCCACUUGGGCAGCCCCUGCAACAGGUAGAAAAGGCAAUGCCAUUUCUCUAGGACCACAGGAGGCACUGUGGUUCAGGUGGGGCAUCCUGAGGAUACCUUGCCUUCUCAUCUCAUUCCCCCUCCCUCAGAUUAGGUCUGACCCUUUCACUUUGAGAACUCAAAGUCUGUUUGCAGUGGCAGAGAUCUCAGUUUGUGUAGCCUUGGGAAUCCGUGACUGGUUUCAUGGCAGCUCCGAUCUUCUCCGAGUGAUGAAAUUGUGCCUAACUGUUGGACAACUUCUUACCUGUGCUCUUGUAGCCCCAGAACUCUAUUGAUAGACACAAUGAGGACUACAAGAUUUUAAAAUGUAAAGCUAUUUCUACUGAGUUCUUUUUGUAUUUUUAUAAGUAUUUUUUUUUUGUACUUACUAUAAUGUCAAAUGCUGGGAACCAUGAAUAUAAGGCAUAUACAGUAUUUAUAGCCUCUUUAUGUAGAAAUAAAUGUAAUAUAUUAAAAUAUAAAUAUAUAUUAUAUGA